GUACAAAAGGCCUCCCUAUUAAUAUUACAACAAUAUCUGACGAAGAUAUACCAAGUGAAAGUGUUGGCAGUGAUGAUAAUGGUAAGGGAAGCGAUAGUAAGAGUAAAGGUAGAGAUGAGGAAGAAAGUAAGCAUGCAGAUAAAAAAAGCGGGCAGGGUAAAAAAAGUAAGAAGAAAAGAAGGAGUGCUUAA